AUUCGAUAGCUGUUGUCUAAAGUCAAAUUUAUUUGUAUUGCUGAACUGAUAAAUCUAUCGGUGUCAGACGCAGCGGGAAUAAAGCUGACCAUUUGUAAAGUGUCAUCACUCAGCGUGCAAUCCAACCUCCCGGACAGUGUACUUGAUCGCACGGUAAGGGGGCGUCAGAAAGUAGUUGAUAUUUUUACAAAAGUGUACUACAUCCUGGUGAGUAACUUUUGUCACUCGGCUUUCUGUCGUAUCAAGACUUUGUCAACCAUCUUCUUGUGAAAUAUAUUUCCCGUACUUAUGAAUGUAUGAAAUUACCAACAGUGAGGAAACCACGUGGUAAUGAACACUGGCAACAAACCGCACUAAUCUGCACUAAUUUAUGACCUCUGUGUUUGAUAUUAGACAACCUGUCGAUCAUCCAGUAGGGUUCCAAAAGACCCUAACAACAUGUUUCAUACUGAUUAAUAUUUACUAAUUGAACACAAUUCCAGCUGAGUAUUACUAUUAUUGUUAUUUUUGUUGUUGAAGAAGAAAAGAACACAACUACAACAGGUCAAAACACACAUACAGACAAAUUUAUUCGCAACUGGCAUUGUUAUUCUGUUUUCCCCCACGAAAGUGAAAUUAACAACAAAGAAAAGAGAGAGAGAGAGAGAAGAGAAACGCUGAUAUGCAUACACAAUUGUACAAUGUUUUGCCAGCUGGGGCAAUUACUCAAUCACAAACCCAACUAAAAACACAAACUACCCUUGCAUCAGAUACUUCGUUAGCAUACUCCAAUUAUUAUACAAAUGACUCUUUAUUACAACAAUCUCAUCAUCAUCAUCAGCAGCAGCAACAGCGGCACCACCACCAUUCACAAUACCAACAACAUUUACCUCAAAAUACAACAAUUCAACGAUGUUUAGAUUCUACUUUAUCCCGUCAUACAACAAAUGCAUCAAGUAUUGAAGGUUAUCGAUUAUUAAAUGAAUCCAGAAAUGUGACCGACAGUAGUAAUCCAUUCUCAACGAAUACACCAUAUUCAUCAACAUCAUCGACGUUGAUGGCAAACACAAGACUCGCUUACAACAACCGUGGAGAUUUAAAUUCUGCUAUGUCCUAUCUAUCAAGUCAAACAAAUAAUAGUAAUAAUAUGAUUGAUAAUUUUAUGCCUUCGAACUCUUAUCAUCAUCAUUCAUUUACUAGAUUACCGCAAACUCAUACAUGUAAGGAGUCAAUCACUGCUAAUCAAUUGAAGCUUCUGUAUCCUCAGCGGUAUAUUUCAUCACCGCCAAUAAAUGAUGAACUAACCGAAGAUACAGUUAAUAUUACUGGGUGUGAUGUCAAUCUAUCCAAUGUAUGGCGUCAACCAAUGAAUAGUCUUCAACAGUCAUCAAACAUUUUACCUACAUAUCCAACAGGCAUGACAUCAACUGCAGUUCCUGCUGUCUCUACCGUCUCCUGUUAUCCUACAUCCCAUAGUUCCACACAUCUUUCAACUCUAUCAUAUUCUUCAGCUCCCAAUACAGCACAACUUUAUCGUUAUUUAAAUGACAGACAACUGAGUAUUAAUAAUAGUGAUAACAAUAGUAAUAAUAAUUUACAUAAUCAAACAUUAGGACGUGUAAAACAACAGUCGAAUUAUUCGACAUCAACACCGAUCUCCUCCCCAAUCAACAUGAAUAAUCAUACAUCAGAGACGAAUUUUUUAAUGCCAACAUACUUAGCUUCAUCAGCUGCAUGUGGAUUGUAUAAUAUGCCCCAACAUUUAUUAACCAAUCGUUUAACAGCUAGUCAACAAAUUGCUUCAGCAACUAUCUCUGCUAUACCAACAUGUGAUACAAGAAAUUUAAUUAGCGGUGAAUUAUACUACUGUCAAUGGGUUGAUCCAGUGCCUACAAUACCCGGUUCUCAGCCAAAACCAUGCUCAAGAGUAUUUGAUUCUGUCACAGAGAUUGUUAAUCAUAUUACAUUAGAACAUGUUGGUGGACCAGAACAAUUGGAUCAUACAUGCUAUUGGAAAGAUUGUGUUCGAGAAGGGAAACCAUUUAAAGCAAAGUAUAAAUUAGUUAAUCAUAUACGUGUACAUACUGGUGAAAAACCAUUCCCAUGUCCAUUCAGUGGAUGUAUGAAAGUGUUUGCACGUAGUGAAAAUUUAAAAAUUCACAAAAGAACACAUACUGGUGAAAAACCAUUUGUUUGUGAAUUCGAAGGAUGUGAUCGUCGCUUUGCCAAUAGUUCAGAUCGUAAAAAGCAUAUGCAUGUUCAUAUGAAUGAUAAACCAUAUUUUUGUCGAUUUAAAGGUUGUGACAAAAGUUAUACACAUCCUAGUUCAUUACGUAAACAUUUACGUGUACACUAUUUAUCACCAAAUGAAACAUUGAAUCCAACAGAUUAUGAUGCACAUUCAAACUCAAGUGAUACUGUGAUUAAUCACAGCAGUAAUAAUAAUAAUAAUAGUAGGGUAAACCAACUGAGCACUAAUGAAACACGUACUUGUUAUCCAGUUAUCGACACUACUAGCCCUACAAGAAAUUCUACAGACUUUAUAAAGCAUGAAUUACACAAUUCUAUCAGUAAUACUGGUCACUUUUAUUCAAUGAUAAGUCGACAAAAUGAUGAGUAUAUGCGUAAUCCUAUAACUGAUAAUAAUGAAAAUGAUCGUAUCGUCAAUCCUGUGUGUAAAUUAAGAAAAAAGACUAGGGAGAGUUCAUUAGAAGUGACAGAUCAUCCAUUUCGAAAAUCUUCAAGAAAACGUCAUUACUCUACAAGAAAUGAAUUCAAUUCUGAGAAUUUCUCACAUUUUAAUACUACUACCACUACUACUACUACUAGUACUAGUACUACUACUUCUACUACUACUAAUAUCAGUAAUAGUAGUAGUGUUGAUAAUAUGCGAUUAUCAACAUCGAAAGAUUUUAUCUCACAACUAGCUGCUGUAGUUUGUGGUCCGGCUGAAAAAGAAUCAAAAUAUCCACGGAAUAAUUUAUCAAUCAAUGAAUUUCAGCAAACAAUUCAACAACAGUCUGAAGAUCUUUCCCAACUUAGAAGUGAUCAUUUAAUGUGGGAACACAUGGAUAAUGAUGAUAUUCCAAAUAUUAACAAUAAUUAUAAAAGAUCAUUGUCUACUUCAGCUUAUCUAUCCUCCAGUUAUACAAAUGAUUCAUAUUCACCAAAUUCACAGACAUAUACUUCAUUGAAUAUUGGCAAUCCAUCACAAACAAUAAUACCGACUUCAUCAACAACUCUGUCCGAGACAUCAAAACAAACGCAAAUCAAUUUGGAUACUUUAAAGUUAAAAUCACAAUUGCAACAUUUAAAUCAAUCGUAUGGAUCAAAUGAUCGUUUGAAUAGCGGGAAUAACAGCAGUUUGUAUUGUAAAACACAACCAGAACAAGAACAACAAACAACACCAACCAAUCAAAUGAAUGAUUAUACAUCGAAUUUAUUUCAGGCGAAUGAUUUUCUGAUAGAAUCUCAAAGAAGUUUUGAUAUGAUGAAAAAUACCUAUUAUAAUAUGCAUCAUUCAAUAUCACCAGCUUCACAUCUUGCUUACCAGUCUGAUAAUCAUCAAGCUUCACAUAUUCCAUUUCAGCAUCAAUCAAUGAAUUCCUCUCCUAAAUUAUACGAUAAUCUGUAUCCAUUAGACAGUAGUCUUUUGUAUACAUGUAAUAAUACUUCACAAUUAUUACAUAAUCAAAAUUUACAACAACGACAACAAAUUGAUGAUACACAUCAGUUAAUCCCAGGUCUUCUUCUACCAUUACAACAGCAUUCAACUUAUUCUGAAACUAGUCAUCAAUCAAAUUCAACUGAUUCUGAUCUAGAAAGUGGUAGUAUAUUGUUUAAAACAAAUUUAUCCAAUAAUUCAUUUGUCAAUAUGACCAAUUGUACAACCGCAUCAAUUAACAAUGUACCUACAUCAAUUAGUAAUUUACCGAUUACAACAGUAUGUACAAUAAAAACUUGUGAAGACUAUUCCCCAUGUAAAACUUCAUUGAAUAUUGUACAUAAUUUUAAAAAAUUCAAUGAAGAAGUUUUAAAAGAACACCAAGAAUUAAGUAAUAAAAUUAUGCCUCAUUUAUUAUCAGAAUCAACAAACUCUCUUACAAAUUGGCUUACAUUAAACAACAGAGAAAGUUUAUCAGCUACAGAUGGUACAAGAUUGCCAAUACCAAAUAAUACUAUUGGUAAUAAUAUGGUGAUAACGGAUACUACUAAUAAUUCGUUGAGUAGUUGUGAUAGGGAUAUCGUAAUUAAUCAGCGUAUAUCUUCACCAAUAAGAAAUCAGUUUGAUUGUUCUGAUCAUUUUGAUGAUAUUUCCUUAUCAAAUAGUACUACUACUUCUACUACUACUACAACUACUUGCACUAUUACUACAACCACUGGUAAUAGUAAUAAUAAUAAAGACUCCAUUAUACCAUCGUAUCUUUUAAACUAUACAUCUUCGCAUGUAUUUAAACCAGAGGACGAAAAGCUACACAGUCAAGAAAAUGAAAAUGAAGGCGGAAAAGAAGUGUAUACACAUGAAAAAUGUCCAACAGAAACUUAUUACUCUCCGAUAACAGACUGUUUCACGAAUACUUCAUUGUCAAUAAUGAAUAAUUCCAUUAUCAUUGAUUCAAGCAUCAGUAGUAAUGGUAGUAGUAGUAAUAUUAAUCGAAAGAGUAAAAGCUGCGAUAUUCUACAAGUGAACUGACUCAUAUUUCUAUCAUACUUAUCUAUCUAUCAUAUAUAAUUUCAUUUAGAGGGAAUCACUUCAUUGCCUUUAUUCAUUCAUUCUUCUAACAAUAUCUCCGGUGUACAAAUUAUAUAUUAUAGUAUCAAUUACUUUAUUUCUCACUUCAUAUUUUCUACUUUGACUUAUAUACAUACAUGUAUGUAUAUAUAUCAUAAAGAUGAUUUUAUUGAUACUAAUGAAUACAAAAAGAAUGAGAUAAUUUCCUUAAGCUAAUUAACUCUUUCGGUUACUUUUACUCUAGGUGGAUCUUUUCCAAUUCUAUCUCUACUUUGUUCUGUUAUCCUCCUCUUCUUCUUCUUCUUUUUCGUCUCUCAAUUUUAGAUAUCACCUACCUCACUCUUAUACAUCUUUAAAAGAAAUCAAAGUGUCUGUUUUUGAUAGAUACUUGGUGUUCAAAUAUUUCUCUUUAGUAGUUUCUAGUUAAUCGAGGUGGGGGGGGGAGGGUUAAUUUAUUCCUUUUUCAACUGAUCAAUUGAUUCAUUGAUUGAACAAUUGAUCAACUAAUCACUUUUAUUUGUUCAUUAACUUACUUUUAUGAAAAAUAACUAUACAUGAAGUCUACUUUUGAACAUAAACUUUUGUCUCAAUAUUUUUUACUUGUACACCUUGCAAUAGUAAUAAUAAUAAUAAUACAAUGUCAUCUAUGAUGCUGACAAGGAUACUGUGAAGAAAUAUCUUCUAAAACUAUUUUACAGAUAAGUAUAUACAUAUAUAUAUUGUUCAUGGUAUUAGGCUGAAAUGAAAUAAAAUUGAUCAGAUUU